CUAUGAUGUUCUCACAAAUUUUAUGAUCUGUACCAAUUAAAUUAGGUUCAACUAAUGAUAUGUUAAUGCCGGCGUGCGUCACUAACCAAGGAGCCAGGUUGUCAACCCGCGGAUCGACCCACUUUGACCCUGGUCCCGUGAGAAAAACGGACCGCACGCACACGUCGGGUCGACCGUCACAAGGUACCGGGUUGGAGGUCAAAUUGUGUCAUUUUUUUCUUUGGUUUGCGAAAUGUGCCUAUUUUCCGAUUUUUCUUUUCAGCUAACUCAAUCUUUGGAAUCCUAAGUUGAACAUUUGAAUAUAUUAUAAAUGUUAUAUAAGUGUGUGUGAAUUUUCACCAUAUGUUGGAUCUAAGUACGACAUGUUAUUUUGGUGGAAGAUUAUAUGUUAUAACCCAUAUGUUAGAUGAGAUUUUAUAUAAUUUAUCAAGAUAAGUACAAUAUAGUGACUCUUUCCAUAUUUUCGGACUAAAUCGAGUGACCCUUAACCUACUAGCUCGACCAUAUCCGGAGCAGCCCGCGAGUUGACAAACAUUGCAAGAGAGAGACAUUUGUAACCCUCCCCAUUUUUCCACUUAUAGAUUAACACAAACUAAUUAACCGUCUACUCUAAUCCGCUUGUUGAACCAGUGUUGGUUCUUUGUUCUCUUUGUAACGGAUUAGUUAAAGUAAAAAAAGAAAAUCUAAUCCGCUUAGGGGAAAAAAAAAAAAAAACACAAAACAGGAUGGAAAAACCUCCCUUAUCCCCGUGCCUUUCCUUGUUCAUCCCAUCGCUUAAACCCUUCCUCCCUCUGCAACUCUCCCGCUCUUUCUCCAUCCAUGGCGUUCACUUUCUCUACCCAUUUCCCAAUUCUCACUCCCAUCCCAUCUCACUUCUCCCGGAAGCCCAUCAUUCCCCAUCAACCAUUUCUAUCACUCUCCAAAGCCCACUUCCGUUCUCACUACCGCCCGCGGGCUAUUGGACCCGACGGCAAGUACUAUCCAACACCGUCCGGCGACGACCCACCCGAAGCGCCGGAGGACACCGCUCACGGUAUCAACAAGUUCGCGCAGAUUCACAUUCAAGCGGACCGAGCUCGCAAAGUCCAGGAGGAGGAUUUCAAGAAGCAUCAAUCCAAUUAUCUCGAUGCCUUGGCUGAAUCUGAAGACCCUUCUGUAAGUUCUAACUCCUUGGAUUACGAGAACUCUGGGGACGACUUGUUUGGGGAGAUUGAUAAAGCUAUUGCCCUGAAAAGGGAAGAAUUCAUUAAGAAGGGGCUGUUGAAACCGAACCCUACGAAAGAAUCUGUAGCAGGGGAAAACGGAAAUGUGGUUAGUGGAAUUGAGGAGCUGGAGCCAGAGGAAGUGGUGGAUUUGGAAGAGAUUGAUGAAUUACAAGGUGUUAGAAUUGUGGAUGCUGACUCAGAUGGGGAUGAAGCCACUGGGUUUGAAGAGGGAAUUGAUGUACCCGGCGGUAAAUCCGAUACUGGGUUAUCUUCGGACCAGUCUUUCGACCUCGAUUUCGACAGUUUUGGAAAAUUGAAGGUGAAUGUUGUUGAACCAAAGUUCAGGAUGAGUCUAGCUGAGCUUUUGGAUGAUAGCAAAGUGGUUCCUCUUUCAGUUUCUGGCAAUUUGGAGGUAGAGAUUACAGGAAUUCAACAUGAUUCCAGACUUGUCACUGCUGGUGAUUUGUUCGUCUGCUGUGUUGGGAAGAGAACUGAUGGACAUUUGUAUUUGAGUGAAGCUGAUAAGAGAGGAGCUGUUGCAGUUGUAGCCAGUAAAGAGAUUGAUAUAGAGGAGACAUUAGGGUGUAAAGCAUUGGUGAUAGUUGAAGAUACCAAUGCUGUUUUGCCUUCUCUAGCUGCUGCCUUUUAUCGGUAUCCCUCCAAAAAUAUGUCUGUAAUUGGGAUAACCGGGACAAAUGGGAAGACAACCACAGCACAUUUGAUUAAAGGGAUGUAUGAAGCAAUGGGGUUGAGAACUGGGAUGUUGAGUACAGUUUCUUAUUAUUUACAUGGCGAUACCAAAUUGGAGUCUCCAAACACAUCUCCAGAUUCUGUCUUGGUUCAGAACUUGAUGGCUAAGAUGUAUCAUAAUGGGACAGAAGCUGUAGUGGUGGAGGCAUCUUCUUAUGGGUUGGCAUUAGGGAGGUGCAAUGAGGUAGACUUCGAUAUUGCUGUGUUUACCAAUUUGACAAGAGAUCACUCUGAGUUCCCAGGAACUGAUGAAGAAUAUAAGGAUGCUAAGGCUAAGCUUUUUUCUAGGAUGGUUGAUCCAGAGAGGCAUAGGAAAGUCAUUAACAUCGAUGACCCAAAUGCUCCUUUCUUUAGGUCACUAGGGAAUCAAGAUGUGCCUGUUGUAACCUUUGCAAUGGAGGAUAAGAGUGCUGAUGUUCAUCCCUUGAAGUUUGAGCUCUCGCUGUUUGAGACACAAGUGUUGGUUAAUACCCCCCAGGGGAUAUUGGAAAUUUCCUCAGGGUUACUUGGGAAGCACAACAUUUACAAUAUCUUAGCUGCUGUGGCUGUCGGGAUUGCUGUUGGGGCUCCAUUAGAAGAUAUUGUAAGAGGUAUCGAAGAGAUUGAUGCAGUACCUGGUAGGUGUGAGCUAAUAGAUGAGGAGCAGGCGUUUGGGGUAAUUGUGGACUAUGCUCGUACUCCAGAUGGGCUAUCUAGAUUGCUUGAUUCAGUGAGGGAGCUUGGGCCUAGGAGAAUUAUCACUGUUAUUGGAUCUUGUGGCGAGAGCGAAAGAGGCAAAAGGCCACUGUUGACAAAAAUCUCAACAGAUAAAAGUGAUGUAACUAUGCUAACAUCAGACAAUCCGAGAGGCGAAGAUCCAUUGGAUAUCUUGGAUGACAUGCUAGCUGGAGUAGGAUGGACAAUGCAGGAAUAUUUGAAACAUGGGGAGAAUGACUAUUACCCUCCUCUCCCAAAUGGCCAUCGUCUUUUUCUACAUGAUAUUAGACGUGUAGCCGUGCGUUGUGCUGUUGCUAUGGGCGAAGAAGGCGAUGUGGUUGUUGUUGCGGGUAAAGGUCACGAGACAAAUCAGAUAGAAGGAGACAAGAACGAAUUCUUUGAUGAUCGGGAGGAGUGCCGGGAAGCAUUGCAGUAUGUCGACGAACUCCACCAAGCAGGGAUCGAUACAAGUGAAUUUCCCUGGAGGCUUCCGGAAAGCCAUUGACUUCGUCACCAAACUUCUGGUGCAAGUAAGCCUGAAGCUUGAGAAUCAUGUGCCAUGGAGCAGGCAGCUCUGCAGGAAUGAAACUUCCCAUAAAAACAGAACCAGAAUCUCUAAUUCUCUGAAUGUGGAAUAUCAUACACAGAAGAGAAUUUGGCGGAUUUGAACUCUGACGAUAACGAUCCAUAUGCAUAUGCAUAUCAAUGAAAUUUGGUGAGGAUUCUUUCAACAUUAAAAGAAUUCUUGUGCAGUAAUGACUAUCUUAGAAAGCUUAACUUUGUCCAUCCUCCGUUCUUCGUUUUCUUCUUCUUCUUCUGACUGCAGGUUUUAUGAUGCCCUUCAGCACCAUCAGAACCUAACAGCUGCCAUAUGAAGGUAGGGAAGCAGAUCGUGGUGGGAAAGGAUGUAGAUCACAGUUUUGUAGACAAAUAUGUUGUGUAAUGUAGAGUAAUUAGUUCUUGACAGAUGAUAUUGACACACGGGGACAGUUUCUAUGUGUAUUCAGAGCCAUCUUGAACCCUGGCGUUGGCUGGAAAAAAAUGAAAAAGAUCAAUGCUUUUUACUGAUUAUGGCUAGGAAGCGAGGUGACCUGCUUUCAAGGUCAAUCUUCUCACUGCAUUAUUAUUCAAGAUUGGAUUAUUUUGAGCUUCCUGGUUCACUUAACAGCUGAACUUAGGAUGCAAUUUUUUCUUGUUGUUAUGAUCAGACACUUCCCUGGUUAGGAUUAAAGAGGCAAGUUGCAAUCAACCUUUCUUGGCAUACGAGUUUCAUCUGUUGCCCAAACAAAUCCCUUCUCAUUGUGGUAUUAAAAGUCCAUGGUAGCCAGUUCAUCAUUCGCCACCAUCUCCAAGGAUUAGAGAGAGAAAUGUUGCUUGAUCUGCUGAUAGUUUACCUUUCUUGUUCAAUGCCUAUAAUUAAAUUCCUUCCCAAGUUUGAUUUCCUUCCAAAAAGUGAGCUAUUUCUGCGAAAGCAAGCAGAAACGUUGUUCUCUCAGUAUCAUGAGAUUAAGGGGCCGUUUGCUUGCAGAUGAGUCUUUAAAGAAGGUCCAUAACAAGCUGCAGGCAUUCCGAAAACUCCAAUGGCAGAAAAUCACAUUUUACACACGGAAUAGCUAAUAGGGCUUGGAACUUGAAUGCUACAAAUACAAGUAAUCAAUAGCAUGGAGCAAA